GGAGUGUGUGCCGGGGUCAAUUUCGGCGCCCGGCAUGGCAUCCAUUUGGUUGGAAACCCAUGGAAAGGCCAUCUUGGUAAAGGGUGACACCAUGCAGAUCAAGGACUUCCUGAAGACAAAGGGAGGGAAGUGGAAUGGUGGCCUCAAGUCUUGGCUCUUUCCUGGAUCCAAGAAGGACGCAGUUCUGCAGGACCUCCAAAGCUGCAGUCUAGUCAAGAAGGUCGACGACAGGACAGGAUCGGGUGAUCCAAAUGCCACGUUGUCAGCAAAGGCUGCACCUGAAAAGGCUGCAGCACCUGAAAAGGCACCAGCGAAGCGAUCGGAACCGGACGCUGAGGUCAUCGAGUUAGAUGACAAUGUCAGAAUUACAGUGAAUGCCUACCAGGGCAAGAUUGGUGUCGACGUGCGGAGGUUCUACAGAGACAAGGCGUCUGGAGAAUUGCGCCCCGGAAAGGGCUUGCGGAUGUCGGAGCAGGAAUGGGAAGCAGUUUGCGCUGUUACAGAUCGUAUUGACAAUAUGCUGAAGGAGGCCAACGAAACUUCCUGGAGUGUUGAGGGAGACCUGAUGGUCAGCAUCACUGGAGGCAGCGUCGACCUUCGCAGGUACUACACUGACAAAAACGACGGGGAAAAGAAACCAGGAAAACAAGGCACUCGCCUCUCUGGCAUCCUGUGGGCUUCGCUGAAGGCUGAAAUUCCUCAGAUUGCAAAAAAGCUGUCAGAAGCAGGUGCAGCAGGAAGCGCCAAACCUCAGAAGAAACAGAAAAAGAAGGCAGAUGAAGCCCCCCAGAAAGCCUCUGAAAGCGACGAACACAAGAAGUGGAGGCUCGAAAUCAAAAAGAUCGUGCAAGGCAAAGAUCUUGAGAAGUUGAGCGCCCGCAAUGUCCGAGAGCAGCUGGAGGAGACGCUUGGUUUGCAAAAGGAUGGAUUGCUGGCGCAGAAAGAUGAGGUGAACGCGAUGAUCAAAGAGGUUGUGGUAGCUUCGGCAUCUUAAUUGGUCUGCUUGGUCUGCUUGGGCUGCUUGCAGAUGCAGCAGCAGAUGCAGCUUGGGGAGCUAAUCCGGCCGGAGCUAAGCAGCUUGAGUCUCAGUGUUGUGGAGACCCG